AUGUAUUUGGCAAAACGAACUAAGAAAGUUGGAAUCGUUGGCAAGUAUGGGACGAGGUACGGAGCGUCUCUCAGAAAGACGAUUAAAAAAAUUGAGGUAUCUCAGCAUGCAAAAUACUGCUGCAAUUUUUGCGGCAAAACUGCCCUCAAGAGAAAAGCCGUUGGUAUUUGGGAGUGCCGGGGUUGCAGAAAGGUUGUCGCAGGUGGUGCUUAUGUGUACAUUACCAAUGCUGCCGCAACGACACGGGCUGCGAUCCGUCGCCUUAAGGACACUCGUGAACAGUAA